AUGAGGCCUGAGAGGUUCUCACAAAGGAAAUCCAAACUAGCCCCUAGAGGAGCUGGCCCUUUCCGUGUCUUGGAGAAGAUCAAUGACAAUGCCUACCGUCUGGAGCUGCCAGGGGGAGGGAAUGAUGUGGACAUCGACCAGAACAUCACUCCUAUAACCAUCCCUAAAGUCUCUGAAGGACCAAUGACACGUUCCAAGGAGAGAAGGCUUAAAGAAGGGUUUAACCUUGCGGUCCAAGCCAUCAUGAACCACCUAGAAGAACCACCAGCCAUACCUAUAGCUCAACUCACCAAAGAACUGAAGGGGAAGCCCUUCCAGAUAAAGAAGAAGUCUUUACAAGAAAAGAGGAAGCCUUUCCAGAAGAUGAAGAACCCUUUCCUAAACGGGAAGCCCUUCCCGAAUGGGAUGCCUUUCCAGCAAAUGAAGAAAGCCUUCCCAAACCGACCAACUUCGAACCAAGGGAAGUAUUCUCAUUAUUUACGAUUUGUGCAG